AUGGAUAGAGAACAAGAAGAUAUGCAGUUUCUUGGGUUUUUUGGCAUCUACCGAGAGGCCAGCAAGAUCAUUUUGUCAUGGAGGAAGGUGUUCGCCCAGAUCACCCUGACCUUAAUCCUCCCUCUGUCUUUCAUCUUCUUGGCUCAUAUGGAAGUAUCGGAUCUCCUCUUCUCAAAGAUCAUUCACAACGAAAUGGCCGUCGAUGAAACCCGGGCAGGCACUCCCAAAUACAACAAGCUCUCAGACAUCCUCAAGCACGAAUUGGUCACUUUUUACCUCUUCAAGGCUGCAUACUUCACCUUCCUCCUCAUCUUGUCCCUCCUCUCCACCUCCGCCGUCGUUUACACUGUCGCAUGUAUUUACACCAGCCGUGAAGUAACUUUCGACAAGGUUAUGAGCGUUGUCCCCAAGGUCUGGAAGCGGCUUAUGCUCACCUUCGUCUGUACUUUCAUCUUCUUCCUCGCCUACAACAUAGUGGCAAUUUUUAUAUUCAUUCUAUUGGUACUUUCCCUUGAGCCAAGCAAAUUUAUUGUUGCCAUGUAUGUUCUAGCGAUCUUGUACUUUGUGGGGUUUAUUUACAUGACCAUGGUUUGGCAUUUGGCGAGCGUUAUGACUGUGUUGGAAGACACGUGUGGCAUUCCUGCCAUGAUCAAGAGCAAGGCACUGAUAAAGGGAAAGACGGGGGUAAGCACAAUUAUAUUUUUGAAGCUCAACAUUUCUUUUUGGCUCAUACAAUUCGCAUUUAAGACACUGGUUGUUCGUGGUGAGUCAUUGGGCAUGGUCAACAGGGUUUCCUACGGGAUUAUAUGUCUGUUGCUGCUUUUCCUGUUGAUUCUCUUCGGGCUUGUCAUUCAGACGGUGAUCUAUCUCGUUUGCAAAUCCUACCACCAUGAAAAUAUCGACAAGUCGGCCCUUUCGGAUCACCUUGACGUUUAUCUAGGAGACUAUGUUCCUCUGAAGACCAAGGAUGUUCAGCUUGAGCAAUUUGAUGUUUGA